CCUGCAAUGCAAACGUCGGAUCGAGGGAUUAGAAAAAUAUUUCCGAUGAAUAACUUUUCCAUGGGGCAAGCAAACGGGCGCCUCAGGAAAUUGUUCUUCCCCUUGCCUACCAAUAAACCCUACGAAUCUGUUUCCCAGCAACUUUCCGGUAAACCCCGUUCCCCCGAAACUGAUGUUUUCUUCCUUUUCCCCUCCGUCAUUCACACAAAGGGAAUGGGCUCCCGAAGUAUAAGCGCACGCAGAUGCUUAGCUUCUGUUGUUAAAUACGAUGGAUUUCAUAACCAGCCCUCUUUGUAUCAGUCUUUUCCGCAUCACCAGCCUUCCUUGUUUCAGUGUCGAGCGAUCUCCUCGACGCCCGCAAGUUUUAGCUGGAUCGAUAAGAUCAAGGGUGUAUUCACGGGCCAGAAGACUUCAACAGAAUCCCAGAUAUCUUCUAAGGAUUUCACUUUACUUUGCUGAUGAGAUGAAGAGGGCGAGGAAAAUGGGAUCUUUCAACCAGUAUAUUGUAGGUCGUAGCAGUGCGGCUACUUUUAAGGAUGCAUUUGAAAAGCAGGAAGCAAUACUUCGGCACCUCGGCUCCUUUGAUCCUACUGGAGAGCAUCUGGAGACAAGCCAAAAACGAAUUGCAGCAGAACAUUGCAACUGUACAAUUGCAGAUGUCGAAAAUGCAUUAUCAAAAUUUGUAUGGGCAAAGGAAGCACAUAAAAAGAUGGAGAAGUUGAAGGAACAAGGGAAGCCAAUGCCUAAGACCUUGGCUGAUGUCCAGAAGAUGAUGGGCUCAUCACCACUAGAUCUUGCAAGAUCGAAUUUGUCAAAGAGUGGCCAAAUAAGUAGAAAUGCACUGUGUCCAUGUGGGUCCAACAAGAAAUAUAAAAGGUGCUGCGGAAAGGAUUCAUCAAAGGACUGAAUACUAAAGUUGCACCCUGGUACUCAAAUUUCUGGUAUAAAUGCAGUGGUCAAUUGGAACAGCUUGACAUUUAAUUCUUAUUCUAUUUACAGCUGACAAAUCUACAAUGACAGCAUUUAAGAAGAGGUCCUUUUCAUGAGGCCAUUCUCAAUUUAAUUCUCACAAGAUAACAUCUUCUUUUGCCUUAUGUGAUGAUAAUUUUUUUCCGAACGAGGAAGGAGCCAACAAAAAAGCAGGGAAGCAAUGCCAGUAAUGUCUGUUGUAUACUGCAUAGGGCAUGCCAUCGCAAGCAUCUCUAGGCAAAUGCACACAGGAAGGUGCAGAAAUGUGCACACGAUCUCAUGCAUUCUCGUCUAGUCUCUCCUGCCUGUAGCCAUACUUUCUGAAUUACUUUUCAAUUUCAUUACAGAAUGCGCAUUAGCAUUUUCAAUUGUUAGACUAAUUGCAAAAUCAUUUGGGUCCUUAUCCAUA